AUGUGAAGAUUUCUUGGCACCUUAGUGUGGAAACCAUUGAUCACCUUGCCCUCAUUUCUGCCUGUUCUGUGUCAGCAAGAGAGAGUGCCCAAAUGAGCAAGAUAGCCCAGCAGAACAGUACUCCGGGAAUAAGUGUUAUUCAUACUCAGGCUCAUGCCGGCGGCUUACAGCAGGUUCCUCAGCUGGUGCCUGCUGGCCCCGGGGGAGGAGGCAAAGCCGUGCCCCCAAGCAAGCAAAGCAAAAAGAGUUCGCCCAUGGAUCGCAACAGUGAUGAGUAUCGUCAGCGCAGAGAGAGGAACAACAUGGCUGUGAAAAAGAGCAGGUUGAAAAGCAAGCAGAAAGCACAGGAUACACUGCAGAGAGUGAAUCAGCUCAAAGAAGAGAAUGAACGUUUGGAAGCAAAAAUUAAAUUGCUGACUAAGGAAUUAAGUGUAUUGAAAGAUUUGUUUCUUGAGCACGCACACAACCUUGCAGAUAACGUGCAACCCACUAGCACUGAAAAUACAACUUCUGAUAAUGCAGGACAGUAGACCUCACCCCUUCCAAACUUCACAACUUGUGGCUUGAACGUUAAAGGUGUGACUACCUACAUCACUCAUAUCAACGGCUGAACA